AUGUUAAUAGGAGCUGAUUGCUUCUUCGAAAUGUUACGCAGUGGGCAAUUAAGGUUGGGCCGUAAUUUAUCAAUGUUACAAGAAACAGUUUUAGGUUGGAUAGUGUCAGGAUGGUACAGUUCAUCGAAACAUGUUAUCAAUAAGUCAUAUCAUAUAACCAAGGUAGAUACUGAUAUCGAAUCAAUCAAUAAAAACUUAGAGUAUCUGUGGCUAUUACAAGACACAGCCAGUAUACGUAAGAAAUGGAACGAAGAAGAGCAAUUAUGUGAAGAAGCAUUUGUGAAAACUACUACCACUUUACCAGAUGGUAGAAUUGAGGUUCAAUUACCGUUUAAAGAAUCGCCUUUAUUACUCGGAGACUCGUACAAUGUAGCAUUAAAGCGUUUUCAUUCGUUGGAAAUACGUUUAUCCCACAAUUGUGAAUUAAAGUAUCAAUAUACAAACUUUAUGAAAGAGUAUGAGCAGUUAAAUCAUAUGACGGAAGUGCGAAACGUAAAUCUGAAACAGCCUCAUUAUUUUAUACCUCACCAUUACGUACUCAAACCAAGUAGCACAACCACGAAAUUACGAGUGGUGUUUGAUCAACUAUACAAUCGGAAUUAUAUUUGCAUGUUAUGCGUUUUCGAUUGA